GCAACAUGGUGACUUCACUCCUUUAUUGCCAUACAAAUAUCCCUGCGUUGAAAACAGAGCCCUUUGCCCAGACAUAUCAGAUCAGCACAGGCUUGCAUCCGUUGCUCUGACAGCUGAUGCACGGUUCAUGAAAAGCAGGAAAUGAAAGUGCUGCCAGUUCAUGUUCCGGCUUAAAUCUUUGUGGUGUUGAUGACCGGCUCUUAUUGAGCCAAUGGGACUUUGACUGAGGCAACAGGCAGGACUGGAUAACAGGACUUCUUUUUUUGUAUGAAGCCGAGUUGUUUUGUUGGUUGUGACUGAGAAACAGUGCUGCUAUGGCUGACACAAACUCCCAGCCACCGGCCUCUGGCUCGUCGGCUAAAAUUGACCAAGUGCAAAGUCAGGUGAACGAGGUUAAAGUUAUUCUGAAAGACAACAUCAGCAAAGUGCUGGAGAGGGGGGACAGAUUGGACGAUCUGAUCGACAAGACUGGUGAUCUGCAGGCUUCUGCUGACUCGUUCCAAAGAACAUCCACGCGGGUUGCCAGGAAAUACUGGUGGAAAAACAUUAAAAUGAUGAUUAUAAUUGGUGUAAUUGUGCUGAUCAUCGUUAUCCUCAUCAUCCUCUUUGCCACAAAGGUUAUAUAAAUCCUCUUCCGUGCCCUUCCACCAGCUCAGGACUAAAAAAAUCAAGAUGGUGAAAUGAAGCUCACCUACAGACGGCUUUUAUUAAGCAUUUUAGAAUAUAGUUGCUCUCAGGACAGAGUCUCUAGUCAUUUCAGCUCGAGCUAAAAGACGUGUUGUAUUUCAAUAUCAAAAAAUGUAUGUAAAUUCAGACUUUGGAACUCUGCAAUCUUCUUGAAGCGGUUAGUCUACGUUAAAAGCUUAUGAUGUGAAGAUGAAAUUCAGAGCUGGAGAGCUUAAAUUGUUAGAAACUUGGCUGAAAUUCUUCCUUGAACACUCCAACAGUCAUUAACAUUAUUUCACAAAGGAUCACAAAUCCAAAUGAGUGUUUAUUAUUUUUAUUUUGUCGCAUUUCUUUAUGUCUAAUUACCUGUAUAUAUAUAUAUAUAUAUAUAUAUAUAUAUAUAUAUACACACACACACUGUAUGUGUAUGAAUGUCAAACUCUGUAAUAACAUAUGUAUUAUAUGACUGAUGACUAUGAUAAAGAGGAUAAAUUGUAACAACGCAUAUCAUUUCUUUGCUACCACAGUAAUGUAUAAAUGUGAUGUUCUGUUCCAAACAAUCUAACACUGCAGUUAUGUAAUAAAUGAAGCAUUUCACAAAAAGUGUUUGAGAACAAUAAAUACAAAAACAAGAAGGGAUGAAGAACACAAGCUGCUAGAACUUUGCAGUAAUCUAAAUAAAUGCAAAACAUCAAAAUCCAGAACGUUUAAGAUACAACGAAUACUCAGGUAAAUAUAGAGGAAAUGUGCUGUAGGUCACAAAGUGCUCUUCAUUUAUAGUCUUACAAUCAGCUAGUGAUCUUUGCUGGAUACCAUCAUCUCUCUGGCCAAUGCUCCACCAGCCCACAGCUGUCUUUCAUCACUCUGAAACCUAUGAAAAACAAACAAACAAAUCAGCUAUAGACGAACGAAAAACUGUGAAAUUAAUUUAAAA